UAUUUGUAAACCAAAAGCGUUAAAAACAGUUUAGUAAACAUCCAAGAAUAGAGAAUCAUAAAUGAGCAACACAGCUACAUGGGAAAAUGCAUGUAUGUUAUUAAGUGAGAAAAGAAGACUCCCAACCAAAAAUGUGUACAUUUUUACUGGAAGUAAAUGCUGUACUGCUUAAAGCAGUUCAAACACAGUGGGGGUUUGCAGGGAUUUGCAGAUAGUUUCCAUGUUUGUAAAAACAAAAAUGUCUUUUUGUUUCCUUCAGAAUACAGAGGAUACUUGAACAAAGGUUUGAGCUGCACAGUUCUGCUUAUACACAGACUUUUUCAGUAAAUAUAUUAGAAGAUUUUUUGUAGAUUUGUAACAAUGUGAAAAAGCAUUUUCUUUCCUCUAGCUUACUGUAUUGUAAGAAUACAGUAUAUAAUAUAUACAAUACAUGUGUUAAUUGACUGUUUAUCUGUUGUUAAGGCUUCUGGUCACCAGUAGGCUGUUAAUAGUUAAGCUUUUGGAAAGUCAAAAAUUAUAUGUGUAUUUUUAACUGCAUUGGGGCGGUCAGUGGCCCUAACCCCUGUGUUGUUCAAGGGUCAUCUGUGUAAUACACCAAACCAGCCUCUAAAAAUUUUAAGAGAGAUAAAGUGGAGGUGGGGGCACAUUGUAACAGGUCACAAUACCAGAAAAUGCCCAAUCUGUAUUUUUAUAAUUUAAUAAUUCAUUUUAUUUUCAAUUGUUCUCCUUUCCCAUAGGUCCUCAGAAACGUGAAGAAUUAUGAUUUCUAGAGGAGGAUAGGAAAUUACACCAUUUGAAAAACACUUUUUAUAUUAAAUGCUAGUUUUUUCUGAUCUGUCUAUACAACUGCUGAUAAACUGGCUGGGCAGGUGUGCCACAGCUUUUGAUUCUGAGCAUGUGAUUUUGACGUCUGCAUCCAGGUGGGCUCUGGAUCUCGGAGUUGAGGCCCUAUCGGAUUUGUACCUCAUGGGAAGACAACUGUCUGGUCUUUUGGGACUCGGUAGAGAGCAGUCUUUUAACCAGAAAGGAACAUGGCAGAGGCAACUGGGAGAAAGCAGGCCCCACGGUGCCCACGGCAAGAGCACGCUUGCUGCCUCGCCCGGGAAGCGCCCCGCCCGCGCCGCCGUGUCCUUCCGUGCCAGCGUGCUGGCCGCGGAGCUCAGUCUGCAGCCUGCGCUGCAGAGCGGGUGCGGCUUUGAGGCCGGCCGGCUGAGGCUUUGCUCAAGGCCCGCCCCUGAGGUUUGUGCCCGUGCCGCUGCGCCCUCCUGUGCUCUCGCCCCCAGCAUUGCGCCCCCAGCAUUGCGUUCACUGUUGAAUUGAAACCCAGCCAGGCAAUUGUGUGUCUCCUGGGUUGGCUCCAGGCAAACUAAUUUUGGGGUAGGAUGGGGGUGGGUUGGGCUGAGGGUAGGGAAAUGUCAGGAGCAGGAAGGCUCUGGGGUGUUGAGGGAAGGCAGAAAGACCAGAAAACCGGCCAUUCUGUUUAUAAACCAUCAGUACCAUUGCAAAUAAUUUGAAACAAAAACAUUACUGUUAUUCCCCACCCAACCCCAAUGAACUUUUUUAGGUAAUUGUUUUGUAAACAAUUUUCGUAUUUAUGAAAGUCCUUGCUUUUUUUCCCACUUUCUAAAAAGAUGUCUGUUACUGAUCUGCUCACUGCAUGCAGCCCUAGUGACCCCUCCAGGGACCCACCUGGGAGGCUCAGGGCCCCCCAGGAAGGCUGCCGCAUCAUCUGCCCCGCCUCCUCCCAGACCUGGGGGACGGUGGCUUCGACUUUCUUUUACAAGAGACUCCCAGACCUGAGGCCGGGAGAGGUUCUGACUGGGUGGUCCAUGUUUUCCUAUACACUGUUCUAUAUUCCUUUUAGUCUGGCACUGCGGAUUGCCUCCCGCUUGCACAGAUUGCCAGCACUCCCCGUCUGGCUCCAUGGAGUUGCCUCUCCAAGCAGCGCUGGCCGUCAGCCUUUGCUUCUUGCGUCUUUACAUCAGAGCCCAGACUGGCCCGUCUGCAGCAGCCUGUCCUGUCAUUCCUCUAACGCCUUACAGAGCACCUGCUGGGUCCCCUGGGCGUCAACCCCGCCCAGGGCCCCCCAGGACCGAGCGGCUGGGUUUCCGUGCCAGGCCACCCCCGCCCCCCGGGCGCCCCCACGCCUCCGUGAAGGGGCCGGGGGCGCGGCGCGCUCACUGUGCAGGGGCCAUCGGAGCGGGCCCCGGGCAGGCCUGCCUGGGCUCCAAGCCCCUUACCGAUUCCUGUGGCUCGGCUCGGGCGUGCAGAGCCCUGCGGGCCACUGCUGCUGGCCGAGGCCGCCCUUCGCCGGCGCGGCCUUCGCGGAGGGGCAGUCGGAGGCUGAGCAGCAGCGGGCGAGCCCACGCACCGCGUCGGGAAUCACGGCAGGUAAUCCGAGACGAAGUAAGAAGAGCUUUCAGUUCGUGUGUGUGGCGCCCGACAGCUGCCUGGUUACCAGCAGGUACACACCUGGUGCGUGGUUUGGCCUGAACUUCACAGACGGACCCCGUCGGUGUCUGAGACUCGAGGAAGGGCGCUGCUGGGGGAGUUUGGGAGCCUCUGGUUCUGCCUCUGAACAUGAACAUCCGCCCCAGAUAGGGGCCGCAGUGGGACUGGUGGGCUGGCAAAGCACUUCGGUGACCCCUGAAGGGAAGCUCACCCACACUCCAUACACACACUAGGCGAGAUCAUUCGGCUGGCUGGCAGUGAAGGCAUGAGUUAGAGCUUCUCUGAGUUGAAUUCUACUUCAUAAAUCUCUGCACUGGUCCAUUUCUUACCAGAGGCCAAAACUCAGCUGCCUAGACCAGACCUUUUUGCUCCCACUUUCAAGCCAAGAAUAAAGCACUGACUUGAAACACAAGUUCUCACCCUUGACAACCCACAGAGAGUACCCCCGGGGAGACUAUAUCCUAUUUGAAAAACAGGGUGCCUGGCCUCCCAUUCAGGCCUAACCUGAAUCAUGGACAUCCCUAUUAUGAGCUUGCUGGUUGGUUCAGAUGGGCAACAAGUUCUCAAGACCUCCUGAUGUAGAGAAAUUCUGAAAGUGGAGUGAAAAUAGAAAGGUAAUUAGUGAGUUUGCUCACUGAUCUUUGUGCAUCAGUUAUGAUUAGGUUCAACCAUGAGGAACAAAGUCCUUAACAGUAGAGGUUUAUACAAGAUAGAAAUUUAUUUCCAUCUCAUAUAAAAGAAGUCUGGAAAUAGACAGUUUUAGGGCUAGGAUGGUGUCCUCUUGAUGUCUCAGGCUCCUGCUGUCUUGUGGCUUCCUUUCUCAAGAUCAACUCCUUUGGCUCCCAUGGCUACCAGUGCACCAGUCAUCACAUAUGUGUACCAGGCAGCAGGAUAGAGGAAAGGAAGAUGAAAACUAUGACCUAUCCUUUUUAAGGAGGCUUCCUGGAAGGAUUACAUAGCAUGUAUGCUUACAUUUACUCAGCAAAAAACCCCACUGCAAUAUAAUGAGUCAUAAGAAAUACAUAUUUCCCAGGUAUAUUUGGUCUUCAUCCACAGUUCCUGAAAAUACUGCAGAUGAAAUGGGUGUUUUGUCAUGUUAAUGAGAGACUUUUGGACCUCCACCCAGGGACGGGGGCUGCAGGUUGAAUCAGCCAAUGGUGAAUAAUGUAGUCAAUCCUGAUUCUGCAGUGAAGCCCUCAUAAAACCCCUGAGAGGAGUUUACUGCUCUCUCCCAUCUUGGAUCCUGCUUCUCAGUCGGGCAGAGCGUCUGUGCUUGGGGAGCCAGAACGCCUCCACAUGCCACCGAGCCAGGCCCCAAGCUCCACAAAGACCGAAGGUACUUUAUUUGGGGCCCUGCCCUCUGUCUCUCUUCACCCGGCUGUUAACUUGUAUCCUUUAUUAAACUGGUAAACGUCAGUGUUUUCCUGAGUUCUGUGAGCCGCCCUAGCAAAUUAAUCAGACCUAAUGGGGAGGUUUUGGGAACCUGAGCGGCUGCCUGGGGCCUGUGACCAGUGUCUGGAGUGGUGGGUAGAGGGCAGUCCUGUAGGAUGGAGCCCUUAGCCUGGGAAUCUGGUGCGUCCCAGCGCAGACAGCAUCAGAACUGGGUUGAGUUCUCCGACAUCCUGCUGGUGUUGGAGGAUUGCCUGGUGUUACGUGUGGGAAGACCUCCUCCCACUUCCUUACACACACUGGAAUCGGGUCUGGGAAUCCCUAUGGAGUCACACUAUUACUGUUGUGUAUCAUACUGUUAUUGUUUAUACAUAUAUGUAGGAAAAGAACAUACCCUCACACCCACAAAAACACCACAAACACAAAAAAUUAAUAAUUUAGACUUUAUUAAAAUUAGGAACUUCUCUUCAUCGAGAGAGUAAAUAGUCAAGCCAAAGGCUGGGAGAAGAUGAAUACUUACAUCUGACAAAGGGUUCCUAUCAAGACUAGAUAAACAAUUCCUAUGUGUUAAUAAGAAAAAGACAACCCAAUUUUUUACAAAAUAAGCAAAGGACACAUUUCGCAAAAGAAGAGAUCCAGAUGGCUCGUAAGUAUAUGAAAAGGCACUCAGCACCAUCACUGACCUGGGCACUAAAAGUCAGAGACCACAGGAGACCCCGCUCUCAACUGCCAGAAUGACUACAGUCGAAAAGAUUGACUCAGCAAAGGUCAGCAAGGAUGCGGAGCCACGGACACUGAUGCCGGCUGUCUGCGGGUGAAUCAGCUCAGACACUUGAGAAACUGGAAGUUUCUUGUGAAGUAAAAAUGCACUUUUAUAUGGCCUAGGAAUUCUGCUCUUUGGUAUUUACCCAAGAGAAAUAAAAACAUGCCCACGUGAAUAGUUUAAUAGCAAUUGUGUUCAUAAAUAGCUAAAAAUGUGAACAUGCCCAACAGGUGAAUGGAUAAGCAAAUUGAGACAAAGGUCCCAUGCUGUGGGCCACUCAGUCACUGGGCCCGGCUGAGAGCGCAGGCUGCCCACUCCUAAGGGGCCUGGUGACAGAAUGGCCUGUCACUCCUAAGGGGCCUGGCCUGGGGUCUUGCAGCACCACCUUGGCAGGCAGAGCUGGGAGUGGAGGGAAUGAGACUGGGAGAGAGAUGGCCUGCCGUGGCCAGCAGCACCUGCUCCUGGGAGAGGGGGCUCAGCUGGCCAGUGUCUGCAAAGAGUUGCAUGUCACAUACAUAACAUGUACCACAUAUAGCAUAAAACAUGCAUAACACAUACUGUGUGUUCAUGUAUAGCAGAUAACUCAUAACUGUGCAUUACAUGUACAGCAUAUAACAGCAUGGAACAGUGAAUAACAUCACAUGUAACAGCAUGUAUGUAUAGCACAUAACAUGUAAUACAAAGCAUAACACAAGAGCAAUGCUAUGCAUAGCAAGUAAGAGCAUGCAACAUACAAAACAAUUUCAUGUAAUAAACAUGCCAUGUGUACAUUUAUAGCAUGUAACAUACACAGCAUUUAAUAUGUAUAGCAUGGAACAGACACAGCAUAUGCACUUCUACAGCCUCCAGCAUGCAUAGCGUGACCCUACAGCCUCCAGCAUGCAUAGCGUGACCCUCAUGGCUGCAGUUUGCCCUUUCCUGGGGCACCUCUCCUCUGGGUGGGCUGGCCGAGGGCAGGGAUAGCUGUUUCGAGUGGGCAUGAGUGGGCAUGACUUGCCCCAUCCCUCAUCCUCCGCCCUUUAUUUCUGUCCAGGGACCUGCCUGAAUACACCGGGAUAAAGGAAACCAUUUGUAGUGGCCACUAGGCUGGCUCAGUGCCAGCCCGGAGCCUUGCAAGGUGGUUGCUCUUGGCCACACCAGACCUCUGGCUCCUGCAGGCCUGACCCCGAGGCUGAAUGUGGGGAUGUGGGGUGGGGGUGCUGGCUUCUGUCCCCCUAGUCCUGCUGGGGCUGCAUCUCAGGAAGCAAUGAGAAAGAGGGUGUCUGGCUGCCCUGGAAUUGGGGUCUUCAGGUGUGUGUUUCCCCAGAGACAGACCUGGGGCAAGGAUGCAGCCAUGAGCAGUGUAUCCAGGGGGUGACCCCAGAAGCUCCAGUAAGUGAAUGAGGAAUUGUAGGGGGCAGCUGGAGGUCAGUGUCCCUGGGACCCUAGGAGACUUGCCCCUGUGGUCCUAGAGCCAGUAAUCGUCCAGUACAGAUGUCUGCCUGCAUUGCUGAUGUCAUCCGACCCCUCAAUUUGCAGUGGAAACAAGUGCUCCAUGAGGAUAUGGGUUUUGCCCCAGGGCUGGCAGGGGA